AUGCCACCCGCACAGUCUGAAUUGCCUGGAAGGCAAUCCCUGCGUGACAUUACCAACGACAGUUCCGGCAAGCCGAAACGCCAGUCAGCGGCCCAGAAGGCUUUGUUGGAGGUGCUUCGGCGGAAUCCUCCUGUGACUGCGCCAUCCAAGAAAUCUCAACCUCCUGUUAAGGCCGAUUCGUCCAGCUCGAUCAAAGUAGAGCCGCCAGCGCCGAUCCCGAUUCCUCCAAGGAAAGCCCCGCGACGUGAGCUCACGUCUGAGCAUCUCAAGUAUUUCGCUCUCGAGGAUACCUGGCCGUUCCCGGAAGAGGAGCACCAUUGGUUGGAUCAGUUCCACUUCAACGAGCUGCACCACCGGAUGGAUAUGAUUGAUCUUCUCCGCGUCUACAAGAACCUGUUCAAGCCCUGCGGAGCUCUCACUAAGGAUGUGCACGCCUGGCGAUGCCAGGGCAUUCUGGGCGAUAUGAUAUGCGAACUCUUCCUGAAGCACUGGGAAGAGAUAGACAAAGACGCCUACGAAUUUGCCUUCAAGAACCGUUUCUUCAUCAACGGUAUAUCGCCGCCGAAGGAGAGGCCCGAUGCUAAUCGAGACAUCCCUUACACCCGUGUACCAGGCAAGGUGACUGCCGAACGGCGCCUUCCACCCAACAGCAAACUCAAGCCUGACUUUGACCCCAGAUGCCUUUCGCCUCCACCGCCACCUGGUCGGCGUAACAGCCCCGAGGCGGUUCCGGAUAUCAGCAAUAUGAGCCCUCAUAUAUCGAAAUUCCCGUGGUUAUGA